AUGGCGGCCGCCGAAUCCCUCAUCGACCUCCACGACACGUCACUGUCCGACGACAAGGACGACGUCGACUCCCUGCCUUCCCUGUCAACAAGCGACAUCUACUCCGAUGCCGACUCCGAGGCCCAGGCCGAGUGGGAACGGAGCUUGGAGCAGCUCCAGCUCGUCCUCACCAUGAUGGUUGUGCCGUGGGUGGGCAAGUACUUUGGGCGCAAGUUUGCCUUUUGGAGCUGGGCUCGGUAUCUGGAAUGGAUGCACAACGUCGAGGUGCAGUGGACAAACAAGAAGACGUUCAAGGCCGCGGGUGUCGUAGAGACGGCCGCAACGCUGUAG